AUGAUUCUUCCCAGAGAAGUACUCUCCUACGCACGCACUAGCGUCAUACGUCCCAAGCGAGCUAUCAUCGCCGCUCCUGUCCGCAGCCCUAACGUCGCUCUUGCAUCAUGGCAACCCGUUCGAGGCUAUCCGACGAGCUCUCCCGCUUACUAUACGGAGGGGACACCAAUUGCACAAGCACUGCAUACGUCGGUGCACCACGCGUGUGACCUGUUAAAUGCAGCACGAGCCACCGCUGACCCAAGCGGGAUGUCGUCUGGGACCAGAACUCACCUCUUCGCGUCUUCCUCCAAGGACGCAUGGCGUCGACGGUGGGACGAAUUGAGCGACACCGAUCGUUGUAGUCAAGACGACUCCAAUGACAACGAAUGGAAUGCCACCGAUCACAGUAGUCAAGACGAGUCCGAUGAGAACGGAUGGAGCGACACCAAUCGUAGUAGUCAGGACGAAUUCGAAGGAAACGGAUGGAGCGAAUGGCAUGAAGAUGCAUGGGAUAACGACGUCCUCUUUCUCGACAUCUUGCCACCAGACCUCGCUGCUCGUAUCCCACUGGAGAUCCUCGAAGCCAUCGUCGAUGCGAUGGAUCAGCCCACGCUAGCUGUUGCGGCGCUGGUCUGCACAGCGUGGUACCCCCGAGCCAUGUAUAACCUGUACUCCGUCGUCGAGAUCCGCAACCGCGCGAGCUUCGACAUGCUAUUCAAGCAGUCCCGCACGUCUCCACGAGUCAUGCACUCUCUCGCAUCCACCCGUAUGCUCGUCGCGUCCGAAUCGGAUCCGAAGCCCACGCAUACCAAGAACCCAUCCGCACAAGAAAGGGGGAAGACUCGUGGCUUCCUUCAAUCGCUGCCGCUUGCUUUCGGCCAUAUAGUGCCAGGUGUGCAGGUCCUGCGGCUUGAGGGGCCGCUGCGAUCCAUGCCGUUUGCGUCCAAGUUCUUCCUCGCCCUCUCGCAGUUCAAGACCCUCAGAUCGUUGUACCUGACCCGUUGCACCCUUGACAACGUCUCACAGCUGCGUCGUAUCGUCUACUCGUUUCCCCGCCUCAAGGAACUCGUUAUCGACGGCAAUAACUUCACUCGGCUGGGUUCUGCCAACUCUGUGGGAGCCAUUAUAAACCAUCCGCAGUCCGACUUGCAAUUGCAGCGUCUCGAAGUUGAUUUAGUUCGGGGCGCGAUGCAAUCUAGGAUGAUCAUGGACUGGAUCGUGGACUCAGGGAUCUGUACCUCGCUCGAGGAGAUGACUGUCCAGUGCGGAGGGGGAUUUUCACCGAGUAUUUCAUCACAGAGUAUUGAGCCGGCCAACAGGCUUCUCGUCGCUGCCGGAGCACGCUUGACUCGAUACACCGAACGUGGCAAAACUUCAUACCCUCACGGCAAUCUUGAGCAGAAUACCGCCUUGCGACGCUUGGACAUCACGCUCUCCGGCGUUAUCAUGGGAGGUCUGUUGCUCGAUGACUGGUCCAAAGCAGCGGACGAGUUGCACGGCGUCCUCUCUACAGUGCAUAGCUACCAGCUUGAGCACAUCGGGUUCACCAUCUGGGUCAUGCUCGACGAUGAUGCCAAAAUUGUCGUGAAACCGAUUUGCGGGCCCUGCACGAGGUUUGCUGGAGUGACGAUGCAGUUGUACGGCUCGAAGAUCGGGGCCAAGACGGACAUGGAUGUCACCGCCGGGAGGAUCGAGGAUGUAGUUGACGUUUUUCGGCAUCGCCUUCCUAGCCCGCUGAAGGCGGAUCAUCUGAUCCGAGGUGACGAGGACGUGGGGAGGCUCUCAACCACAUUGACGAAGUGA